AUGGAAGGGUUAAACACAAACAGCUGGGUCCUGAAAUCUCCAUUCAGCAUCACUAACCUACUCCAAGAUGUGGCCUCAAGCGGCGCUCCCAAGGGACCACUGUCAUCACCGUUGUUGAGGGAAGACGAGAACGUCGUCGUAGCAGCAGCAGCAGCAGCAGCCGGUGAGGAACGGCAGAGGUUGAGAAAAGAAGAUGUUUCUGGCGAAAGGAGAGGAAAACACGAGAAGCCACCUUUCAGCUACAACGCCCUGAUCAUGAUGGCCAUCCGUCAGAGCCCAGAAAAGCGCCUCACUCUCAACGGCAUCUAUGAGUUCAUCAUGGGCAGCUUCCCGUACUACAAGGAGAACAAGCAAGGCUGGCAGAACUCCAUCCGCCACAACCUCAGCCUCAACAAAUGCUUCGUCAAGGUGCCCCGGCACUACGACGACCCUGGCAAGGGCAACUACUGGAUGCUGGACCCUUCCAGCGAGGACGUCUUCAUCGGAGGCGCCACCGGAAAGCUGCGCAGGAGGCCGUCAACUUCCCGGACCAAGCUGGCCUUCAGGAGAGGAGCUCGGCUGGCUUCGGCUGGAGUGACCCUGGCCGGAUCUCUCUACUGGCCUCUGCCUCCUCUUUACAGUGCCUCCUCAGCCUACCUGAGCCAUCCCCCUGGCACCUUCUCUUCCAUUUUCUCCCACCAGGCUAUUUCUCCUCCAGCGGGGCACAGACAGGUGGAAGUAGAUGGCUCCUACAGCAACCACCAGCAGAUCGCCACAGCGAUGUUGGUCUCGGCCAUCCCUUGCAGCCUCUCCUCACCCGACUGCCUGGACUCCUGCUCUGUCAACUUCCUGGCCGGACAGGCGAAUUACAUCUUUUCUCAGAGACAUCACACCCUGCCAAUGAGCCCUCAGGCUGUGCUCCCAUCCAAAGCCACCAGAGAUCUCCUCGGAAGAGGUCCUCCAGCUUUCCCCGGGCGGCUUUCUCCAGAGCUUCCAAGCUACUUUGCUUUUCAGAACCAGGGCGUUCUUUUUCAUCCAAGCCUGCCUUGA